GUGAGAACUACGGACGUUGUGUGACAAGUGUUGACAGUAGUUUUGAUAUUUCCCCCGUUUCUACGUUGAACAUGGCGUUUAAAAUACGGGCUGCAACUAAAGAAGACUGUAAAGAAAUAUUCCGAAUGAUAACGGAGUUAGCAGUUUUUGAAAAAAUGCCAGACCAAGUGAAAAUAUCGCAUGAAGAACUGGAGAGCAGUGGUUUCUGUGAGAAUCCACUGUUUGGGUGCCUCGUGGCAGAAGUACCUGAGGAGCAUAAAUCCAAAGAAGGAUUCACAGUUGUCGGAUAUGGACUUUACUUUUACACUUACAGUACCUGGAGGGGGCGGGCAUUACAUUUGGAGGAUCUGUAUGUGAUGCCAGAAUUCCGAGGACGUGGCAUAGGCAUAAGUAUACUGAGCAAAGUUGCUGAGGUGGCGAAAAAGAUGCAGUGUGCACGCUUGCAGUUGUCUGUGUUGAACUGGAAUACUCCUUCUCGAGAUUUCUAUGCUGCUAAAGGAGCUCAGGACCUCACUGCCGCUGAAGGCUGGCACUUAAUACGAUUUGACGGACAAAGCCUUGAUAACUUAGCAAAUGAUGCACCUAAAGAUUAGUGUUUUUUCUUGAAUGGGUUUCAGUGGCAUACUGCCGGUCACUGGGGUCAUGGAGCUGAAUCAUUGCCAAAACCAAGAAUAUAAUGUUUAACAAAAUGUCCAGCGAUUCACAAAGUGACCUUGUGGACUUUGUAAAUAUAAACUAUCAUUCAUAAACAAAUGCAUUUUUGUUUUUCAAAGAUAAAACUUACAUGAGAGACAAACAACAUUUCAAAAAACAUUUCCUGCAAGUGCUUGAAACUAUUAUUAUCUAUAUAUGAAAGAAAUGAAUGCUUUAGUUUGUGAAUGGUGUUUUAUAUUUGCAAAGAACAGCGUUCUCUGUUCUCUGUGAAUUAUUGGUUAUUUGUAAAACAUGGUCUGUUCGUAAUUUAGCUCCACUGGGUGAUCAAUGUUGUGUCCAGUUUCAUCCAUGAAUAUAUCAUGAUAUACUGUAUAGACCUAUAUAUUUCAAAUAAAAAAGCUUUAGAUUGCUUUCUAAUUGGACUAUUUAUUAUCACACAAAUCUUUGUUCUAAAUCAAAAAUUCCACUUGGAUCCAGCUGGGUUUUAUUGUAUGGUUGUUUUUGGUCCUUCCUAUGUAGGAAAUGUCACAAAUAGAUUCACUAGUGAUUUGUUGUAGUUAAAAAUCAUACUUACUUAGUGUUUUUUUUAAAUUUGAGUAGAAAUACACACAAGAUGUGACAUUAUUUGCCAGCAUAUUUUGCCUCUUGAUGUUUAAAUGGAAAUGGACUUUGACAGGCUUCUCAAGUGCAGUUAAAUCCCAGAUGUGUUAUGAUUUCUUUCCAGCAGGUGGCACACUUUUUUUUAUGAUACACAUUUUGAUUCAGCAUGAUCUAGACUGUGAUUAGUCUGUGAUGAGCAAUAUACGGUAGUGUAGACAAGGGAAAGCUGGAUUUACUUAAAUGUUAAUUAAAAAUUAGUUAAAUUAAUUAAUAUCAAUGUUACUGCAUACUGGGAAAUGUAAAUGGUCUUAAACUUCACGUUAAAUUCCCUGAUGGUAAAUUAAGUUAAAGGAAAGGAUGACAUGCAACAACCUUUGUAACCCAAAACUCCUUUAUUGAAACAUCUCUAGUCAUCCCUUUCUAAUCUGUAGUGCAAACCGUUUGUGAAAAUGACUCACAAAGUCACCCAUAUGAAAACCCCUGUGACAUUACAUUUGAAUUACAAGCGUAUAAAAAAGAUAAUAAUGUACAGAACUUA